GGAGCGAGGAUGACAAAGACAAUGGGAUAUCGAGACUGGAGAUGGCAGGCGCUUUGGUGGCAUCAUUUCUUUCUCUUGUGGAGUAUAACAGAUGCACAGACUCGUUACAGCAUCCCGGAGGAACUAAAACAGGGCUCUGUGGUAGGAAAUCUAGCCAAAGAUCUCGGUUUGGGGCUGUCUGAGAUUUUUGAUCGCAAACUGCGAGUCGCCUCUGAGGCUGGUAAGCAGUAUUUCACUGUGGAUGCGGGGAAGGGCGAGCUGGUGGUGAAUGACAGAAUAGACAGAGAGGCUUUAUGUGGACAAAGCGCCAGCUGUGUGUUGCCUCUGCAAGUUGUAAUUGAAGACCCAUUACAACUGUUUCGUGUCGAGGUUGAAAUACAAGACAUUAAUGACAAUUCGCCGAGAUUCCCAUCAAAUGACGUCACAUUGGAAAUUGCGGAAUCUACAGUGGUAGGGGUUCGAUUCCCUCUGGAAAGCGCUAUCGACCCAGACGUCGGCAGUAAUUCACUGAAGUCAUACACUCUCAGUAAAGACGAGUGUUUUAGUAUUAGAGUUAAAGAAGUUGCCGGUGGAAGAAAAGUCCCUGAAUUGAUUUUAGCAAAACUUUUAGACAGAGAGAAAAAGGCUGUUCAUAAGCUUUUGUUGACAGCUCUAGAUGGGGGCAACCCACUGAGAUCAGGCACCUCUCAAGUAACGAUUAAGGUCCUUGACAACAACGAUAAUGUUCCAGCUUUUGAUAAACCCCUGUAUAAAGUAUCUAUCAAUGAAAAUGCUGCGGAAGGUGCAAUAAUUGUACAAACAAAAGCCUCAGAUAUGGAUGAUGGUCAAAACGGAGAAAUAGAGUAUUCUUUUGGAGCGCACACAUCAGAUGCUGUUCUCUCUGUUUUCAGUAUUGAUCACAUAUCGGGAACAGUAUUUCUAAAAGGAAAUUUAGAUUUCGAAUCAGCUGCAAAUUAUGAAAUAGACAUAAGUGCGAAAGACAAAGGCAUUCCGAGAAUGGAGGGUCACUGCAUUAUCCAUGUUGAGGUUUUAGAUGUAAACGAUAACGCCCCAGAAAUAAUACUAACCUCUCAUCCAAAACCAGUCCGUGAAGACUCUCCUGAUGGCACCGUAGUAGCUUUAAUCAGUGCCCGAGAUCUGGACUCCGGUGAUAACGGUAAAGUAAUAUUACAGCUCCCCAAGAAAUGUCAGUUUUCACUCAAACCAUCUUUUUCACAAAAUUACGCGCUGGUUACCAGAGGUGUUUUAGAUCGAGAAAAUGUCUCCGAAUAUAAUAUUGAAAUAACAGCCACUGAUUCAGGCUCUCCUCCUCUGUCCAGUAAGAAAAUUAUACCAGUCAGUAUCACUGAUGUGAAUGACAACCCUCCUGUAUUCUCUCAGCCCUCCUAUAAUGUGUAUUUAAAGGAGAAUGGGGUACCAGGAUCUAUACUGUACUCAGUAUCAGCCUCUGACCUGGAUUUUGGUGAAAACGCUAAAGUCUCUUACACUAUACUGGACUCUAAAGUGCAGGACGUGUCUGUCUCGUCGUAUGAUGCAUACAUGCGGAUAUCUUUGGAGUACAGCAAGUUCAUCUUUGAUGGAUUUUCAUAUUGA